CAGAUCCAUCAAAAGAUAUAAGAACGCGAUGAUGGGCCCGCAGGACGGGCAGCCACGGCCCUCGAUGAGGCGCAAGUCGUCCGCCCAGAACCUCCUCUCGUCCUUCAAGCCGGCCCGCGACACCAAUGCGCCACCGCCCACGGCCUCGCUUUCCCAGAUCCAGCACAUUCAGGCCCAUCAGCAGCAGCCGCAGGGCGUGAGUGCGGCGGGAGGAGGUCCGCCCUUGCCAUCCGCGACGGCCAGCACUUUCGGAUUCGACCGUGACUACGGCGCGUACGCGCAGACGCCGACGACCGCGACCAUGGCCAGGCGAGACUGGGACGUGCAGAGCCACACGGAGAGCGUUGUCAGCAACGCGAAUACCAUCUCAAGUACCGCAACGCUCAUUGGAUCAACGGCGCCAGGGAGCGGGUUGCCCGUACCCACUGCAGGCAGUCCUGCUAUACCCCAAAGCACCAACUUGGAACUCUUGCGGGAGAUAGUGCAGAAGCGGAUCAUCACGUUAACAUACAUGCGGAACGUACACGAUGGCCGGAGUCACUGGUUCCACACUAUCCUCAUGUCUCGUCAAGACUUGGAGCGCGUUUUUAACAACCACGCCAUGAAGAAGCGAACCCACCGGUUCGCGAUCCUCGGCAUGUCGCUCUCUGGCUUCUUCGACGUCACUAAUCCGCAGGAUUUGCUACGAAGCAUCCUGAAUACCCUCACGGAGUACGAGUCGUCGAAAGAGGAUAGCGAACGGCCGCGGAUGCAAAGGCUGUUUCGACAGGGCAAGGGUAAACGGCCCACGGUCAACAUGAGCGACUAUGCGAUGUCCUAUGCGGACGACCAGGGCUCAUUCCUAAUAACGCCUCAUUUGCCAUUCGCGUUGGAUUAUAGCCAAGUCCUGUUAUCCCUCCUGGACGUGCUCUCCGAAGUCUACAACAAAAUUGCGAAAAUUCUUGGACCAUCCGUCUUCCAACAUUCACAUUCACACAUGAUGGGCCCUCUCGGCGCCCUUUCGCCACAUCCAGGUGUCUCCUACCUCUUCGCCGGUGCCCAUCCCGCUGGCGCCACCCCUUCCACGGCCGGCGCCUGGAACGGGGGAAUAAUCGGCGUCGAAGGGUUGCCAUUCGCCGCAGAAAAGGACGCCGGAGAUCUGAGCGGGACGUUGUGGGGGAUCGCGAACGCCAACAACUCGGGGAUUUCGGGCCCACAGUUUGGUGGCGCAGGGGCGAACGCGUGGGCAGGGGUAGCAGUACCGCCUACGUUCUUGCCGAUAUAUGGAGACAUGAUCCAGAAGAUCGAUGGGAAGCUCAAGGUGAGUCGAAACGUUGUUACCUCUAUCGAUCUAGCCCCUUGCCCCGGGACUCGGUGUGGAUAGCGUCGGGUGGUCGCCUGUGUGCGUCUGUGGUUACCUUGGGGGAAGGCUGUCCUAACUCCUACCGAUCGGAGCGCGCGACGUGACGCGGCCUGACCUGCAUCGAGAUGCGUACUUAUGUCAGAAACACGCGCUAACGUUUCAACAGAAAAUCAUAUCGACGCUACUGAAGGAGCUCGACCAAUUCGCGAGGAACGGGAUCAAAGACGAGCUCGCGACGUUAGAUCCGCGGCUCAGGAGCGUGUCCGUCUCCGACGAGGCGAGGGAGACCUUCGAUUUCGAGGGCAAUGUAUGAUGGGCCAUAUUUGUGGAUUCCGUCAUCGACCGGGCACAGUGCAGGAGGGUCGGACCGCGUCCCUCAGUCGGAGGCGAUUUAUAGUUAAGAUUGAGUGCGCCCUGAAGAGCACUCAUAUACACAUUCUGGGACUUUUUUGCAUGGUUUGUAGUGGAGCACUGGUGUACAUUACGGUGUAUUUUUGCUAUCUUGUCAAGGACGUGCUGUAACUUCAAUAUUCGUUUCUGAA